CUCCAGUCGGUUUAGCCUGAAGUUUCUAGGGUUUAAAUGCACAAACUUCUCGUCUUUUCUGGGCACGAGAGUUGAACCUCUCGCCUUUCUGAGUCCUCCUCUUUCUGAUUCUAAUGUCUUCCAUGGAAAUCGAUUCCCCUUCUGAAUCUACCCCCCGUGAUCGAAUCAUUCAGAGGCUUGCUCUACUGGGAGUGCCUCAGAAGCUACUUAAUCUGCAGCAACAUGGUUUAGUUGCUUUUGUUAAGAAUAACAAGCAAAUGUUGCCGGAACUGGUUUCGGCUAUCUUGCCUCCUGAUGAGGAAGUAGCGGAGGUUCUCCGCGAGGCAAAACCAGGGUCGAAGAAACAGUUAGCCGGUAUUACUAUGAAAGUUCAAUUCCGUGAGAGCAUGUUGUGGCUGAAGUGGUUGAUGUUUGAGGGUGAACCUACUGUGGCUAUGAAGAAUCUGUCGAAGAUGAGUGUGGGGCAGCGGGGUAUUUGUGGAGCUGUUUGGGGGCAUAAUGAUAUAGCCUUCAGGUGCAAAACAUGUGAGCAUGAUCCGACCUGUGCAAUUUGCGUUCCUUGUUUUAAGAAUGGGAACCACAAGGAUCAUGAUUACUCGAUUAUAUAUACUGGUGGUGGUUGUUGUGAUUGUGGUGAUGUUACAGCGUGGAAACGCCAAGGGUUUUGCUCAAAGCAUAAAGGUGCAGAACAGAUACAGCCCCUUCCAGAGGAGUUUGCUAUCAUGGUGGGGCCUGUUCUUCGCUGCCUCUUUGCCUGUUGGAAGAGCAAGCUACUUCUUUCUGAAACUGCCUGCCGGGAAGGCCCUAGAGUAACUGAUAUUGCUGCAGAGCGUAAGAAGGUUGCAAAUGAGUUGACCUAUUUUGUGGUUGAGAUGCUUCUGGACUUCUGCAAGUGCAGUGAGAGUUUGCUUAGUUUUGUAUCGAGUAUGAUUUUAUCAUCGGUUGACUUUUUGGGGAUUUUGGUGAGGGCAGAGAGGUUUUUGAGUGAUGCUGUUGUGAAAAAGCUCCAUGAGUUGCUCCUGAAAUUGAUGGGGGAGCCUGUUUUCAAAUACGAGUUUGCCAAAGUAUUUCUCAAUUAUUACCCAACUGUUGUUAGUGAAGCCAUAAAGGAGUUCACUGACCUUGCUUUGAAAAAGUAUCCACUGCUCUCUAUAUUCUCUGUACAAAUCCUCACGGUGCCAACUUUAACACCGCGUCUUGUGAAAGAAAUGAACCUACUAUCAAUGCUGUUAGGGUGUUUGGAAGAUAUUUUCAAUUCUUGUGCUGGUGAAGAUGGCCGUUUACAGGUUACCAAGUGGUCAAAUUUGUAUGACAUCACCAUUCGUGUGAUUGAAGAUUUUCGGUUUGUUAUGAGUCAUGCUAUAGUGCCAAAAUAUGUAACUCAUGAGAAGCAAGAUAUUUUGAGAACUUGGAUGAGACUCUCAGCUUUUGUGCAAGGGAUGAGCCCACAAAAGAGGGAAACAGGCCUCCAUAUUGAAGAAGAGAAUGACACUAUGCAUCUGCCAUUCGUUCUGGGUCAUUCAAUUGCCAACCUUCAUUCUUUGUUGGUGGAUGGAGCAUUUUCUGUUGCUAGUGACCAGACGGAAGAAGAUUUAUUUCUCAGCACAAAUAAGCAAGAUAUGGAUGACACUGAUACACUAAGACAUGCAAAAGUUGGCCGGCUGUCACAGGAAAGUUCUGCAUGUACUGCGGUGGGGAGUAGUUCAUUGACGUUUUCUGAAGAUAAAUCAAAUGCUCUUUCUUAUUCUUUGAUACCAUCAUCUGUGACGUGGUUAACAUUUGAGUGUUUGAGGGCUAUUGAGAAUUGGCUGGGAGUUGAUAACGCCUCCGGUACAAUUCUUGAUGUAUCAUCUUCAAGUACUAGCAAUUUCUCUGGGAGCAAUUUUUCAGCAUUGAAGAGAACAUUAUCCAAAUUUAGGAAAGGCAAAAACAUUUUUGGUAGAUUUUCCAGUUCAAGUGAAGACCAUGGCAAGCAUACUUCAUCACAUCUACAUAAUAGUUCUGAUAUGAGUGUUGACAUCCAGAACGGCAAACUUUCAGGGCAGGAAAACAAAUUAAUGCCUAUGGACGAAAUUGAUUUAGCUAAUGCCUGUAAUUCGGCAGGAUUGGGUGAUGGUGCAAUGGAAAUAGAUGGUCCCAUGGACUUAGAUGCUCUACGUGUACUGAGUUCAUCUGACUGGCCGGACAUAACAUAUGAUGUUAGUUCACAGGAUAUAUCUGUUCACAUUCCCUUACAUCGCUUACUUGCGUUGCUUAUACAGAGUUCAUUAAGAAGGUGUUUUGGCGAAGAGCCAGAUUCUGGUGCAGCUAGUUCUGCAGAUUUAUCAUCAGCUAUUUCCACAGACCUUUUUGGAACUAUCCUCGGAGGCUGUCAUCCAUGUGGGUUUUCUGCCUUUGUUAUGGAGCAUCCUCUUCGUAUACGAGUAUUUUGUGCUCAGGUUCACGCUGGAAUGUGGCGGAAAAAUGGGGAUGCUGCACCAUUAACUUGCGAGUGGUAUCGUUCAGUUCGCUGGUCGGAACAGUUUGUGGAGCUUGAUCUAUUUCUACUUCAGUGCUGUGCUACCUUGGCUCCAGCUGAUCUUUAUAUCAAAAGAAUUCUAGAACGCUUUGGCCUGUCAAGCUACCUUUCUCUGAAACUUGAGCGUUCUAGUGAAUAUGAACCAGUUCUGGUGCAGGAAAUGCUCACUCUUAUUAUUCAAAUAAUCAAAGAGAGGCGAUUCUGUGGGUUAACUAAAGCUGAAAGUGUGAAAAGAGAAUUGAUUCAUAAAUUAAGCAUUGCAGAUGCUACUCACAGUCAGUUGGUUAAGUCUCUUCCUCGUGAUCUGACCAAAUUUCACCAGCUUAAUGAAAUUUUGGAUACAGUUGCUGUGUAUUCCAAUCCCUCUGGCUUUAACCAGGGGACUUAUUCACUACAAUGGACAUUUUGGAAAGAACUGGAUUUGUACUAUCAUCGUUGGAACUCAAGGGAUCUACAAGCUGCAGAAGAAAGAUACUUGCGUUUCCGUGGUGUAUCUGCAUUGACAAGUCAGCUACCCAGGUGGACUAAGAUUUAUCCUCCUUUCAGGGGUUUAGCUAGAAUAGGGACAUGUAAAACUGUCCUCCAAAUUGUUCGUGCAGUGCUGUUUUAUGCUGUAUUUUCUGACAAGUCGACUGAGUCGCGAGCACCUGAUGGGGUCCUCUUAACUGCAUUGCACGUGCUCUCAUUAGCAUUAGACAUUUGUUCUCAACAUAAAGAAUCUGGUGACCAUUUUUGUACUGACGGAGAUUUCAUUCCAGUGCUUACUUUUGCCUGUGAAGAAAUUAGUGAAGGACUCUAUUUUGAGGCUGGUCAACAAAGCUUGUUGUCACUUCUUGUUAUUUUGAUGAGGAUGUAUUCGAAAGAGGGUUUAGAUAACUCAGAAGAUGGAAGUUGGAACCUUUCUUCUUUAAUUGGAAACUUACUGAAGAAGUUUGUGGUUAUUGAUAGUGGAUGUAUGACCAAACUGCAAGUACUUGCACCUGAGUUGGUUAGUCAUGUAACUCUUCCAAAUAGUGAUACAGUUAUCUCAGGUUCAGCUUCUGAUUCUGAGAAGCGAAAGGCAAAGGCCAAAGAGAGACAGGCUGCCAUACUGGAAAAAAUGAGAGCCGAGCAAUCAAAGUUUUUGAGUAGCAUUGAUUCCUCAGUGGAUGAUGGUUCUGAAGCUGAACCAAAGGAUGUUGACUCUGAUGUCGAAGAUAAUUCAGAAGAGCCUGCACAAGUUGUUUGCUCGCUCUGCCAUGACCCAAAUUCCAAGAGUCCUAUAUCCUUCUUGGUUCUUCUUCAAAAGUCUAGGCUUUUGAGUUUCAUUGAUAGAGGUCCACUAUCAUGGGAUCAACCUCGCUCUGUAGACAAGGAGCAUGUUCCUAAAACCAAAGAUGAGGUGAUUGAUCAAUCUGGUAUAAGCAGAUUGUUUAGUGGUUCAGGAGUGGUUUCCUCUGAUUCAGGAGUGGUGUCACCUCAUGAUCUAUGGCGGUUGGUUGAGAAGGCAGUCACUGAGUUUGCCCUACAUGGGAGACCUAGGGAUGUUGAUGCUUUUCUAGAGGUUCUGAAGGGCCGGUUCCAUGAUUUGAGGAAUAUCAAAGUGCCAUGUGAAUUAAAUGAUGAAAAGGAAAGUACUUCAUAUGCCUUUGAGACAAUGGAAGAAGAUAUGUAUGUCUGCAUCCGUAGAGAAGUGCAUGAUAAGCUGCAUUCCAAGCUUACAGAAGAUCAGAAAUGUACAACUGCUGACGGGGAUCGAGAGAAUACAGAACAUACUGAAUCUUUGUUGCUUGGAUACUAUAUAGCUGCUCUAUCUAGAGAGAGAAGAGAAGAUCCUUCAUCUUCUGAAAGUUCUCCUAAUGAUAAGGGGCCAAUAGAAUGUUCUCGCCUGUUGGCAUGUGAUGGAUUUGGUCCUGCAGAUUGUGAUGGAAUUUAUCUAUCUUCCUGUGGACAUGCUGUGCAUCAGGAAUGUCUUGAUCGUUAUUUGUCUUCCCUAAAGGAAAGGUAUCUCAGGAGAAUUGUCUUUGAAGGAGGACAUAUAGUAGAUCCAGAUAAGGGUGAAUUUCUCUGCCCUGUAUGCCGUCGUCUUGCAAAUUCAGUCUUGCCUACAUUACCAAGUGAGUUGCAGAAGGUUCGCAAGGAGCCUAUGGAUACAGGUGUUAGUUCAUCACAUGUUACUAGUUCAUCAUGCAAACCAGCCGAAGGAAUUAGUUCCCUUCAGCAAGGCUUGGCUCUCUUGCAAUCUGCAGCAAAUGCAGGUGGGAAGGUUGGCGCACUCAAAGAUUUCCCCCUGCGUAGAUGUGAACAAAGGAACCCAAAUCUUGAACCAAUCUCAAGUCUGCUCUCUAAGAUGUAUUUCCCAACUGAUCUGGAUAAGAUAUCAGGAUCUGACAGGGUCAGCCACCCAAUGCUUAUGUGGGACUUAGUUAAGUACUCCCUAUUGUCAAUGGAGAUCGCUUCUCGUUCCGGGGGAAAGUAUGCAGCACCAAGCUACAGCCUUAAUGCCUUGUAUAAGGAACUUGAAUCCUCAAGCAGAUUCAUAUUGUCCUUGUUGCUGAAACUUAUCCAAAACACAUGUAAGAAUUCUCUUCAUGUGCUUCAGAGAUUUAUAGCAACUAAGAGCUUUGCAGAAUCUACGUGCUUUGGAAUUUCCGUAGUUCAUGGAAGCAAAACAUCUGGACAAGGUGCUAUGCUGCAUAUCUUGGAACAUCUUGAUAAUCCAGUAGCAUAUCCUGAUAUCCAGUUCUGGAGUCGAGCUUCUGAUCCUGUGCUUGCCCGUGAUCCUUUUUCUUCAUUGAUGUGGGUUCUAUUUUGUCUUCCAUACCGAUUUUUAUCGUGUGAAGAUUCCUUGCUAUCACUGGUGCAUGUUUUUUAUGUUGUCUCUGUGGUUCAGGGUAUUACUACAUAUUUGGGGAAAAAUCAAAAUGAUGUUAGUGGAUUAGGUGAUGGUGAUUGCCUGAUUACUGACAUCAGCAGGCUUAUGGGAGAAUUUGGAUCUGCUCACCAGUAUUUUGCAUCAAAUUAUAUAGACUCAUCUUCUAAUAUUAAGAAUAUAGUUCGUAGCUUGAGUUUCCCUUAUUUGCGGCGGUGUGCACUGCUGUUGAAGCUACUUGAUUCCUAUGCCCAAGUGCCAUUCUGUGAAAGGUAUAAUGCAUUGGAUAGAUCACGUGCCACUAGUGACGCAAUAGAUACCACUUAUGUGCCACUGGUUGAGCUCAAUGAAGUUCAAGAGAUAGAAACACUGCUCAAGAUUCCUGUUUUGGAUGUUAUUCUUAAGGAUACAGAGGUGCGUUCUUUAGCUCAUAAAUGGUUCUGUCAUUUUGGCAAAGAGUACGAGGACAAAAGGUUUCAAGGCACUAUACACUGCAACCCUGCAGUUCCAUUCCAAUUGAUGCGUCUUCCCCGGGUUUACCAGGAUCUAUUGCAGCGGUAUAUAAAGCAGCGGUGCCGUGAUUGCAAUAACAUACUGGAUGAACCUGCAUUGUGCCUACUUUGUGGUAGGUUAUGUUCUCCUAGCUGGAAGUCAUGCUGCAGGGAAAGUGGAUGCCAAACUCAUGCAGUGGCUUGUGGUUCUGGUACUGGGAUCUUUCUGUUGAUCAGGAGAACAACAAUACUUUUGCAAAGAUCUGCACGGCAGGCUCCCUGGCCAUCACCCUACUUGGAUGCUUUUGGGGAAGAGGACAUUGAAAUGCAGAGAGGAAAACCACUGUUCUUGAACGAAGAAAGGUUGCUUCUCAUGGCCUUGAUCGAAGUUCGAAGGUUCUCGGGCAAACUACUAUUGGUUCUUUCUUCAUGGUUUAGAUUGGAAUAUAAGUUUGAUGUCAAUGAGACACACACAAAGGAUUCUAGUUAACAGCAGGGAAUAUCCAAUACUCGCAAUCAAUCAGAAUCUUUUGGAUUUUUACUCUAUAUUGAGAUGCUCGGAGUUUCCUUUCUAGUGUUUAACUAUUUGCUCCUCUAGCAACUAGUCUAUUGCCAGGAUGUUCCUUCUGUUUUCAAGGUUGUACAGUUCAAUGUGAUGCUGGAAGCUGAAGCAGAGAUGCACACUCCAAACUCUACUGGAAUGUGGAGUUAACCAUCAAAGUGUUGUACAUAUAUAUUGUAACAAUAUAUACAUACAAAGCACUAGUCAUGACCACUUCAAGGGUAAAGUAGUGUCAUUUGUAAUGCUUUGCUACUAGUAGAGGAAUACUUUGUGGUGUUAUUGUCUUUUUAGCAUUCUUUUUCAAUUCAAUAGAUUUGAGUAAAGCAAUAAAGGUUCGACU